UGGGCUGGGGUACCAGAAAAGAUGAGAAUUUGGGAAGGGACCUGAAGCCAAUGGCUUUUGCCAUGAAGAAGAUCUUUGGGGUUAAGGAAAAGACACCCUUCGGUUUCUGUGAUGGCCCACAAAUGUCCGUCUCUGAAUUUUUCUUCGGUGAAUGUCCCAACUAUCCAAAAUACCAUACAACAUACAGACCCGCAGGGCAGAUCCAUCGGGUUGCAGCUGAGGGCGAUGCAGGCAGGAUGGAGAUUCUCAUCACGCUUGGACAAUGCAGCGUAUUUGACAGAGACCACAAGAACAGGACAGCUUUGCAUUUUGCCUGUGUCUAUGGCCGUCUACCAGUGGUGAAUGUUCUAGUGAAUAAUAAUUGCGAGAUCGAUGCCUUGGACAAGAACCACAUCACACCUCUGAUGAAGUCUGUCCAAUGCUGGAAGCAGAAAUGUGCAGCUGUUCUAUUGGAGCACGGUGCUAAUCCGAACAUUAGGGAUGACAGCGGCAACUGCGCCUUGCACUAUGCUGUGUACAACGGGCAUGAAGAGAUGGCAUCACUACUGCUCGAAUACCAUGCUGAUAUUGAACAAAAAACCAAAGAUGGCUUCACACCACUUUUGCUGGCACUCAGAGAGAGGAGAGUAGAGGUGGCAGAAUUUUUAGUGAAAAAAGGAGCAGAUGUACAUGUUGUAGAUGACAUGCAAAGAAACACCUUGAUAUAUGCUAUACGAUGUGGAUCAAAAGAUAUGGCUACAUUACUCCUUCAGAAAGGCAUUGACUUCUUCUACAAGGAUGUCUUUGGAUGGACGGCAUUACGGUAUGCUAUUGAAGGCCACUGUACUUUUAGACAGAUGCUUCUGGAUUUUGAAGAAAACAUACAUAAUAACAAAAAUGAUAGUGAACCAGAAGAACAAAUGGAUUCUGGAAAUGACUCAUUGGUUGGGAUUUCCAGCUGUCCUGAUCCUGGACCUCCCUUGCCUGCAAUGAAGGAAGAUGACUACAACUCUGAUACCAAGAGCAUCUCUGAGAGGGCUCCUCUGAACUGCGCUUCUAAUCCAUCUGUGGCUACAGACAAAAUAUUUGAGAAUACAGAAAAAAGAAAGAUGGAAGCAUGGGUUGAGGAAGAUUUGUCCCUGAAGCCUGCCACUGAAGUAAGAGAAUCUGUUACAAAUGAAGGAAUAGAAAUAAUAGAGCUGCUACCAUCCGUACCAGAGUUAGAAUUGAUGUCAGUGGAAGAAGAUAUGUUUGAUGAAAGUGAAAAUAAUCAGCCACUGAGUGUCUUGGAGCAUCUUCCGCAGAUGAGUGUUGGCCAUUUACCUGAUGCAGGAUAUGAAAUGGGAAAAAUUAAUACAAACAGACAAGAGAAAGUAGAGCCAGACUUAGAAGUAACAUCAGAGGAAGAUCACAAUGAACUGGAUGACAGGAGAAAUAUCCAGUCAUUGAGAAUCUAUGAGGAUGUUCCAAAUAUAUCUGGCAAUGCUUCUGUGGCAGCAGAUUCAAGAAGAGAAAAGACAAGUGGACAAGCAACAGAAUCUUUGAAGGAAUAUCGACUCUUGAUGAACAUCUGUAAGCAAGUUCACACACAGAAUGUUGGUUAUCUAUCAAUGGCUAAAGAUCAAAGAGGAGAAAAAAUCGUGACGUGUGUGGAAAAAGUUAGCCUCAUCUUUUAUGACAUGUCAGGAGUUAAUAAGUACCUUAUUUCUAAACACAUACAGCCUACUAUUGAGGAAAAUUAUUCGGAUCCAAAUGAAGUCACUGAUAUAAAGAAUGGGAAAUGGUUCCAAGAAGUUAACUAUAUGGGUUUGUCAGCAGAAUCAGCUGGAAAAGUGACAUCAGAGGGAGAGCAAAAUUGUCAUGAUGAUCCCCAAAAGGAACAGAGAGUGAGUGUUCUCAAAGGACCUCAACCAAGGAACAUUGCAUAUUUAUCCAUGGCUAAUGAUGAAAGCAGAGAAAAUACUACAGAAUGCCAAGAGGAAGAAUCCUCAGAACAUCUUCAAUGGAAGUCUAUGCAGCCUACAAUAGAAAGAGAAGACUCUGCUUCAAGUGAAGUAUCAUCAAUGAAGUAUGUGAAAUCCCUCCUCACAGCAGAGCCAACUAUAAAAGCAUCAGAACAAGAAUGGUGUGGUGGCAGAAACAUCCAAAGACAGUUUAUUUUAACUAACUAUAUGGAUCUGUUAGAAUCCGAUGUACUUUUGUCAUCAGAGGAAGAGCAAGAAUGGUCUGAUGACUGUGAAGGGGAACAUCUAAAGCAACCUCAACCAAGGGGCAUUGCACAUUUAUCCACGGCUAAAGAUGAAAGAGGAGAAGAUGUCAUCAGUGAUGAAGAGAAACGAGCCAAAACUGUACAACUGAUGUCGGAGGAAGAACAGACAGGAUGGUGCAGUAGUAACAAGAAGCAGUGGAAGCCUAUUUUUGAGCAAUUUCAACUGAAACGGAAUGCUCGAGUGUCUGUAAAUCCUGAAAAGCAUGUGAAAAAUACAGGAGCGGCUGAAGAGAGAGGAGCCACAACAGUACAACUGAGGCCAAAGACAGAACAAACAGGAAGGUUUGGCAGUAACAAGAAGCAGUGGAAGCCCAUCUUUGGGAGAUUUCAACCCAAGUGGAGUGCUCGGGUGUUUAUGGGUCCUGAAGAAAGUGGAGAAAACACAGGAGCAGCUGAAGAGAAAGGAGCCACAACAAUACAAUUGAAGCCAAAGACAGAGCAAACAGGAAAGUUUGGCAGUGACAAGAAGCAGCAGAAGCCCAUCUUUGAGCGAUUUCAACCCAAGUGGAGUGCUCGGGUGUUUAUGGGUCCCAAAGAAAGUAGAGAAAACACAGGAGCAGCUGAAGAGAAAGGUGCCGCUAUGGUACAACUGAGGCCGGAGGAGGAAGAGACAAAAUGGAAUGACAGUGACCAAAAGCACUGGAAGCCUGUCUUUGAGCGAUUUCAACCAAAGUGGAGUGCUCGAGUGUCUGUGGGUCCCAGAGAAAGCAGAGAAAACACAGGAGCAGCUGAAGAGAAAGAAUCCUCUCUAUUAUCUCCAACAGAAGAGCAAACAGGAUGUCAUGGCAGUGAAAAGCCACGGUUGCACAUCCUGGAGCAAUUUCAACCCAAGUGGAGUGUUCGGGUAUGUGUGGAGACCAAACAAGGAGGGGACAAUGCAGAUGCUGCUCAGAUGACAUACUCUUCUGAUGAGCAUACGGAAUUGAAGACUACCACUGAAGAGCAAGAUUCUGCACCAAUUGAAGAUCCAACAAUGAAGCAUGAAAUAUUCACAGCAGAAGAAGACUUACAAAUGGAAUCAAAGGAAAAGCAAAGAAGUCAUGGCUAUGAAAAUAUUCAGUCAGUUGUUGAAAAAACAAAGACACAUGCAAGCAUUGGAAUAGACAUAGCAGAAUACCCCCAUGAAGGUGCUGUUUUUACUGCAGCUGCUUCUACGGCUGCUGCUGCGGCUGCUGCUGCUGAUGUUACUGCUUCUGCCAUGGAUGAACUAGUUCUACAAAGAAAAUCUGGAGAAAUCAAUAACCAGAGAGUUCUUAUUAAGGACAAAGCAACACAUGACAGGUUUCGAAAGAAGACAUCUAAGAAAAAACAUAAGAUAACAAAAGAAGUAAGAGCUAUGGGUGACACAACUCAGUCAUCUGAAUCAGUCUCAGAGGAUGAUUCUGGAAGCUCAUUAAAAAUACAAGACUCACUUAAUCCAUACAAUUCAUUAGUAGAUCUUAAAAAAAUCAAUGAAGUACUUAGGGAAAAAAAUCAAAAAAUGGAAAAUGAGAAUACUGCUCUACAGAAGGAAAUAUCAGAAACAAGAGAGGAGAAAUCAAAGUUACAAGAUGAAAUAGUGAAACGGGAUGAAGAAUUCUGGAACCUGAGGUUUACUUUAAGAAAAGAACUCGAGGAGACAAGAAAUAUUCAUUGCUUUUAUAAAAAUAUUAAGAAGCAUUUAAGUGAAAAAGAGAAACAAUUCAAUGAAAGAGUUGCCGUGACCCAGCUUGAGGUACAUCUGAGAACACGAGAUAUGGAGCUCAAGAAUGCAAGGGACUCCUUGAAGGAGUUGCAAGAAGCACAAGAUCAACACAUACAAGCUCUGAAAGCUGCCCGGAAGAUGAAAGAUCACUUACAGAGGAUUGAACUUGAACAUUCUGAGUUAAAAGUUAAAGUAAAAGAGCAAGCUAAGAAAAUUGAAGAGCUUCGUGGAUGUCUGCAAAACUCGUGUGAAAAAUUGGAACAAGAUGAAAAAUUGACACAGGCUCAAGAAACUUCAGCGGAAUUACACGAGAACACAAUUCAUCCCCCAAUGAAUGAGACAGGAAUUCGAAUCCAAAGUCUGCAGUCUGAACCCUCUCAGAUGAAAACUUUACAAGAGUCAAAUACAAGCGCUCUGAAAAGUUAUGAGCAACAAUGUAUAGAAGAAUUAAGGAUUAGCAAUGCAUUGUUAUAUGAACGAUACAAUCUUUACAGGAAUAGGAGGCUGAAUGAAUCCUGCACACAAGUUCACAUCACCGUGGAGCAGGACACCCCUCUGAAUACAUUAGGAACAAGGUUUGCUCUUGAGAGUCCUUGUGUGGCAAGCACUUGCCCUUGCAGACCCUUCUUCCAGUGUGAAAACAUGAUUCUCCCAGGAAACCCAGGGUCUUCUAAUGACUGCAUGCAAAGCUACCCAAUGACGAUGGAAGAUGAGGAAAAAUCAAUCAAAGAACUUACUGAAUUAAAACAAUAUUUAAAAUAUAAUUUGUAUCAGCAGAAGAAGAAAAAUGAUGAACUAGAAAAGGAGAUCAUCAGAAUUAAGAAAUUCUUGAAAAUGAGAAAAAUUGGACAUGAAAUUGGAGAAUGUAGUUCUCACCGAAACUCAAGAACUGGUCAUUUUUGAGACAUGAGG